CUGGUAAUAAAUGUUUAUAAAAAUGCUUCAAGAAUUACAUAUAUAGGUUAUAAUCUUAAAUAACGAUUAUAUAAUAAAUCAUAAAUCAAUGAUUAUACCUAUUGAUACUUCUAUCCAUUAGUUUCUGUUUAUAAUAACUAUUAGUUAAUUAAAAAUAUGUUAACUUUCAACUGUACAUGUGUGAAUGGGAGUAAACAAUUUGCUCGUGUAUCUUUCACAGACAUGCUUUUUCUAAAACGGUUAAAACAUCGUACUUCUGCAAAAUCUGUGAAGCAACUAUAUCAAACACUUGGAGUAAAUGAAGAUUGCGAAGAUGAAACGCUUAGGCUUGCCUUUAUACAUCUAGCCAAACAGUUCCAUCCAGAUAGUGGAGCAUCAGAAGCUGAUGCAGUUAAAUUUGCAGAAGUUGAAAGUGCCUAUAGAGAAAUACGAAAGCUACGCAAUGAUUUGAAAGAAACUAAUUCUCAAUUGUUACCGGAUGUUGAAGAAUUUGACAUUAAGCAUACAGCACCACAACAUCGUCAUUAUUUAAACUAUGAUGUUGGUAUAGGAACACUAAGUAAACGACAAAGGUUACACACUAUUGAAAGAGCACAAAAAGCUGUUGAAAAUGUUAUGGAACAUAGAUUAAAAACAUUACAAGCAGAAGAACGUAAUACAUUAAUUGGAAUGGAUAAAAAACGUGCUCAAGACAUUAAGACACGUUAUGGUAUGGAUCGAUUGGUAGAAGAUUUGAUUCAAGAGGCAAUGAAUAAAGGUGAAUUUAGCGAUCUUCCGGGCAUUGGGAAACCUUUAAAAAAUAUCAAUAGACAAAACCCGUAUGUUGAUUUCACUACCCACAAAUUAAAUCAGGUACUGAUAGAAAACGGAUUCACUCCAGAAUGGAUACAGCUUUCAAAGGAGAUCAGAGAAGAAACAAAAGAAUUACAAAAAUUAUUAACAGAAGCGCGCAAUGAAUUGGGUUUAAUUCCAUUGAAUUUAGAAGAAAGAGAAAGUUGGAAAAAAACUAUUGAAAAUUUUAAACCAUUCAUUAAAAAUUUAAACAACAAAAUUGAUAAAUAUAAUUUACUUGUACCUAUACUUCAAAAACAAAUGCUUCACGUAAACAUAGAAACUCUAGCGGAACAAGUAUUAUCCAAAGAACCAAUUAGAUCAGCAAAACAGAAAUCAGUAAAAAAAGAUAUAAACAAUACUUUUAAUAACGAUAAUAAUCUUGACAUUUUCAACUUAUUUCAAACAAUCUUCAGAAAAAAGAUCACUUGAAGAUAAAAUAUUUAAUAAAGUAUAUAAAAAAUGUUAAUGUUUACCAAACAUCUAGAAUAUAUAGUUAGUGAUUAAAAAAUA